AUGUCAGGUUCGGUUUCGAAGAUGCAAGAGAAGUUCACUUGGGUUUUUGAAAAUUUCUCAUCUUUGCAAGAUGCAAAGCCAGAGUACCGCUACUCUCCCACCUUCACGGUCGGCGGCUGCAAUUGGCGUCUUUGUGCUCAUCCUGGAGGAGUUAUGAAAGAUGGUUCUUAUGUUGACUGCUUGUCCGUGUAUCUUUAUCAUGCGCCUGGAUCUCCCUUACCAGGAAAGGGAAGAGAAGUGAAGUAUCGCAUCACUCUUGUCAAUGUUAACCCUCAAUAUAACAAAGUAAUAGGAGAGGAAUGCUUUAUGGAUAGCAAGAGUAUCAGCAGAUUUGUAGACUUCUUGCCCCUUGACAAACUUCGUAAUAAAUUGGAAGGAUUUUUGGUGCAUGACAGGCUCACUAUCGUCGCUGAAGUAGACGUUCUACCAGGCAAUGUUGUACCAUUAGAACCUGUGAAGAUGAUUGCAUCUCUGAAUAGCAAAGAAGCUUCUGUCAAGGGGGACUGUCCUUCUCAUCAAGUAGCGCAAGAAAUAACAUCUCAAGAGAAGUUAAAUAAUGAUGCCGGUUCGGAUGAAUUGCGGAUCUACAGCAUGAUUAGGUGGGGCAUGUGCCCCAUGCUAAUUCUUAUAGUUUCGUUUGUAUUAGUGUACUGUUUGGAUCUCUUAGCUCUAUAG